AUGGAAGCCUCUACCAGCCAAAUGUUGAACUUCGAGCCGCCUCCAAUAUUCUGUAAUUCUUGCCUGGGAUCCACAGACCCUGAGUACUUGACCUACAACCUAGCGGUUUCUGGAGUCCUUCUGGCUAUCGUCGGAAUGAUUGGACUUAUUGGAAACAUUUUGGUUGUUAAAACCUAUCUGCAUCCUGAACUGGCGAUCCAUUCCACGUCGAUCUAUCUAGCGGCGUUGGGAUUCUCCGACUUCUUUUUGGUGCUCACUGCCAUGUUUUUGUUUGUACUGGAGGCAUGGAGACAUCAUGAUUAUCCGACUCUGGCAUAUCUAUACGUCAUCGGAGCUCCCAUAGUCUUUCCAGUGGCCGCGGUUUUUCAAACGAGUUCCGUGUAUUUUUGUGUUGCUGCUGCUGUCGAUUGUUUCAUUGUGGUGGUACUUCCGGAAAGUGUAAAAGUGCUCUAUUGUACACCGAGACGCGCCAAAAUGACCUGCCUGAUCCUUUUCGUAAUCUGCUGUGCCUACAAUGUCCCCCAUUUCUUCGAACUGGAAAAAGUCGAUUGUCUAGAUGACAACGGCCUGGAUUCAAUGCAAAUUUGUCCCACUGACAUUCGUCUGGAUGCUGCUUACUAUGCAAUUUAUUACACUUAUAUGUACACAACUUUUCUGGCAAUUGGACCAUUAUCUCUUCUAAUUCUUCUCAAUGUUUGUGUCGUUUUUACUGUUGUCACCAAAGGAAGUAAUGAGGAAAAUGGAGAAGACGACACCAUCUCUCUUAUUCUCGUCGUGUUUUUCUUCAUUUUCUGCAAUUUCACAGCGCUUAUGGUCAAUUUUAUGGAGAUAAUUUUCGACGACCCGACAAUGCUCGUUUAUUUUGUGGAUCUGUCGAACUUGUUGGUGGUAGUGAAUGGGACGGCGAAUUUCUUUUGCUAUUUCAUUUUUGGGACCAGUUUCCGGAAUACGUUGAAAAAGACCAUCCUUGGUGCUCCGGCAAAACGUUCAGCAGUGCUAUGGAUCAACGACCAGGAGAACAAAAAUCAACAGACUUCAUUGAUUUGA